AUGGAGUUCUACAUGUGUGCAGCAGAGCAGCUACCAGAAGUUGAGGCUCAGACUGAAGAAGCUGAUGAAGGAGCCUUUCAACAAACUUUUCGGUGGUCUGUGGAGGUGACAGCCCCUGAGAGGAUAGCUGCGCUUGUUGGGGGUCAGAUGGAGGAUUACAGAGUGCCAAUCCGAUAUCUUCCGCCUGGGAAGCUGGUGGACCUGUGGUACCAGUUUUUGUCUUGGGUUGAGACCCAGCGCAAGCAGGGAGCAGCUGCAGAGGGAGAAGCUGCAAUCCCGUCCUGGGCCACAUUCUACAGAUGCUGGACGGAGCUUUUCCACAAGCGCUGCCUCCGCUUUCGUGAGAAGAGCCAGCAUGCGGAAUGUGAUGACUCAUGCUUCCGGUUCCGCCAGCAGCUGGGCAGAGGUGGCAUAUCAGCUGCUGACAGAGUGCAGAUUGCCAGCAGGUGGCGUGCUCACUUAACCCAGCAGUGGAUGGACAGAAGCAUCUACUGGAGUCUGAGGUUUGCUUCUCGCUCUCGAGACUUUGGGGUCCUGGUGGUGAUCGCAGAUAGCAUGGACAAGACAAAGUGGUGCUAUCCGAAGUACCACCAGAUGCAUCGUCUACCACAUGAGCUGGAGAACUUUAGCCGACCGCGAAUGGUCUUGACAGCAGUCCUUGCCCAUGGAUGGAGGACAAGCGUCUAUGUGUCUGAUGAUGAGACAGUCAACCAUGGUGCCAACAUGGUGUGUGAGGUGCUCAGCCGGACUCUUCAGUCCAUCUUCGAAGAAAAAGGUCUUGUACCACAGCACCUGUGCCUUCAAUGUGACAACACGGUAGCCUUCUCCAAGAACUCUGACACCCACUUGUGGGUUGCCUACGCUGUUGCAAGAGGCCUCAUUGCCUCAGGCAGUGUCAAUUACCUCACAAAGGGGCACACGCAUGAGGAUGUUGAUGGUUUCCUCUCUGAGCUGCUGCCAACCUUGCGAAGAAACUGCUUCAACUCUGUGGCUGAUGUGAUUGCCUUGCUGAGGGAAGAUCUGGCAAAGAAGGAAUCUUCUGGGGAGACGCUCAUUGUGGAGGAGGCUGUGCCCCGCAACUACAGCAGCUUCCUGGAGCAGCUCCGGAUCAAGAUCUAUAACUGCUUCAUGCCACGUGGUGACACCUCUGUGCCUCACAGCUUUACAUACAAGCGGAGAUCAGAUCUCAGUUCAAAGGAGGUUGGGCAGUUGACAGGAACAAACCGGGAAGGUCAUGCCAGAGAUGUAUUUGGCAUUUGCAAGAGCCGCAUGAGUGACCCUGCCCGUGAUUCGUUCAAGCCUGUCCUCGUGCUGCCUUUUGCCUUUAUGGAUUGGGUUGGAACCUAUGAUUCAAUCCCAAUUAUGCCCAGGAAGGUCGUAUCACCUGAAAGAGCCAAGGCUUUGGAACGGCUGGCUAUGAUUUUGGAAGGCAAUCCAUAUCACAAUGCAGAAGGGGCAGCAACACUUCGUAAACUGGCCGCUUGCAAGGACUGGGAGGAUGAGGUGAAGAAUUUCUCGUUCUUCAUGCAAGAUCCAGAGGUUGUCCCUACAGUACUGCCAACUCAUGGGAGUGAAGAGUUCUCUCAUUUGCCAAAGGUGUGCCGCCCAAUGUUGGCAAAGUUUGGAUGA